AUGUUUAUGCUUAUAUUUUUCUCUUUGGUAAUAGACUCGAAUUAAACUAGCUUAAAAAGUAAGGAUGAUAUGCUAUCAGCAAUCAGAGGCAAUUAUAAGAACGUUUUAUAAAAAGAGGAAGGAGCAAUCAUUUCAUCAAAAUCGUAAAAUGGUAUGAAGGCUGGUAACAAUGGCAGCUGUCUUAAUGAUUAAAUGUAUGAUUUGGAAAUUUAUACUUGGAAUUCUUCUGGUUAUUCAAUUACUUUUCAACUUAGACAAAUAUAUGAAUUAAAUACAUUAAAAAUCUGGUUUUGGGAUGGUAAUAGCAGAAUCUACAGAUUCAAAAUGAGGAAUAAGAGAAGUUGGUUUAUGACGGCAUAGGAAAAAGUAUUUUUAUCUUAAAAUUUCUUGAUUAAUUUGUUUAAGGAUUUAGAGUAUAUAAUGUGGAUGGGAAUACAGAUAAUAAUCAAAUGCAUAUCUUAAGGGCUUAAGCCUUCUACUAUUUAAAAGCAGAUUAUUAUAUAUGAAAUAGUAUAAUAUUUAUUACAAGUUUUUACAAUGAUAACUUAUUACUAAUAAGAUUUUAUUCAAAUUCAGAAGAAAGAAAGUGUUUCCUUUGACUAUAGGCGUGAAUAAAUUAUACUGUAAAAUGAAACGUUCAAAAUAAUGCCUUUAUAAGAUUAUUAAAUUAUGAAUGUUAGUGUGCAAUUCUUUAAUUCAAUUACAUAAUUAAUUAAUGAUAAAAUCACAUUUUAUAUUAAACUACAAAUAAAACCAAACUUACUUAAAAAUGGAUCAGUGAUUUUAUAAUCUUAAUUUCUUUAGACUAUUUUAAUAACUGAAUUCAUCCUUCAUAAAUAAUAUUUAAUUUAUGUAUGUGUCUUAGUUAAAUGUGAUUUUUAAUUGAUCUUUCACUAUCAUCCUUUAUUUGCUAACAAUUUUUCUUACAUUAAAAAUUCUUUAUAAUAAAUUCUGAAUUGA